UGUGUCCCGCUCCACCCCGUCACCUCGAAGCCUCACAAACCCCACCGGAUCACCACCCCCACCACGUCCUCCCUCUCCAGCGUACGGCGAGCGAAGCAGUCAGCAGACGCCAUGACCUCCCACGACAUCGCCGCUGCCCCCAGCCCUUUCCACGUCUACCAGCAGCACCUACCGAUGACGGUGGCUCCCUCCCCUGACGUUGGCUUGGCUCCGGCGCCCAGCAAGGAGGCUGGUGGCAGCGUGAAGGGGCACAGCAAGGUUAACGGGCGCGGUCAGCGCGUGCGUAUGCCGAUCGUGUGCGCCGCGCGCGUGUUCCAGCUCACGCGCGAGCUGGGGCUCAAGUCCGACGGCCAGACCAUCGAGUGGCUGCUCCGGCAGGCGGAGCCCUCGAUCCUCGCCGCCACGGGGACCGGCACCGCCCCGGCCGCCUUCGUCUCCUCCUCCACGCCAUCCACCUCCUCCUCCUCCUUCUCGUACCCGCACACCCUCCUCGGCAAGCGCCCGCGCGAGGAGAACGACGCCGUCGGCGCGGCGGCUGCAGCGUCGGCGUUCUGGGCGGCGUUGCCGUGGCAGGACGACUGGGGGUUCUCGCCGCUGGAGGCGCAGGCCACGUACAUGCCGAUGGCGCAGGUCCACCAACACCACCUCGACCUUGUCGCCGCGGUCUCUGGCGCCGCUCGUCGUGCCGAGGAGGAGAUCCGGUGAAUCAACAACGGUGCUUACGAAUGUCGUUGCUUGUCUUUCUGUUUCGGAAAUUGCAGACUAGCUAGGAUCCCGAGUGUACUUCCCUACCUGUCCAAGUCCAACUGGAUAAACUCUCGAUCGUCCUGUGUUCUUCCUUUCUGCAGUUUAAUUGGUGAUGAAUAUUUGCUGUGGCA